GUGGCCGCUCUGUUCUCAGGACACUUCCUCAUUCUGCAGCUGCUUCUCUCAUGACUGGAGUCCCAGGUCGGCUGCGAUCACAGGACGGGGGAACAGCAUGAAUCAGGUGGUGGAAAACUUGAGGGGCUUCUUGGCCAGAGUGGAGUCUGCAAAAUACAAUGGGGGUGAGGAUUCCCUGGGCAAGGAGUUUCAGGAAAUCAAGAAUCGCUCCGCAGCUUUUCGGCAGGAGGGCAGCUAUUCCACAGAUACGGGGGGAAGCCAGGAAAACCUGAAAAAGAACAGAUACAAGGACAUCCUGCCAUAUGAUCAGACCCGUGUUCCGGUCACGCUGCUUGAGGAGGACGCUGGAUCUGAUUACAUUAAUGCCAGCUUCAUACAGGGUGUAGAUAAGCAGCCCCGGUACAUCGCCACGCAGGGGCCCCUGAGCCACACCGUGCUGGACUUCUGGAGGAUGAUAUGGCAGUACAAUGUUAAGGUGAUCGUCAUGGCGUGCCGAGAGGUGGAACUGGGAAAGAAAAAAUGUGAGCGCUACUGGCCGUUAGACCAAGAGACCGUCCAGUACGGAGUGUUCACUGUCAGCACGGUGUCAAAAGUCAUCGUGAACCCGGAGGUGGUGUUUCGUAAUCUGGCGGUUUACUUUCAGGAGGAAGUCCGAGAGGUGGGACACUUCCAGUACAUAGCCUGGCCUGACCGCGGGAUACCCGACUCGUACACCUGCUUCCUCAAAAUGAUCCAGCUGGUCCGUCGCCACCAAGGAGAACACAAGGCCCCGAUGUGUGUCCACUGCAGUGCAGGUUGUGGCCGCACCGGCGUUAUCUGUACGGUGGAAUACAUCCAGAGCCUUCUAGAUAAGCAGAGGGUCCCCAGUGACUUCAGCAUCUUUGAAGUGGUCAUGGAAAUGAGACGCCAGAGACCGUCCGCUGUGCAGACCAAGGAACAGUACGACUUCCUCUACCACGCCAUUACUGAGAUGUUUGAGAAGCAGCUAAAAGAAUAUUACAGCUAUGAAAACCUGCAAGAGUACAAAGCCCCGUUCUACGCGGACGCGGGAGCCCUGAAAACAACAAACCGGAUCCAGAUCCACACCAGGCAGAAGGACGUCGGUUUACGUGUAUCUCUGCCCCCGGCUCAGCCCGAAAUGAGCAACAUAUACGCUGUGGUGAAUAAAAAAGCCACCGCUCAGGUGUCCUCUCCUGGAAGUAAGUCCCUGGAUCUACGGAGCCAGACGUCCUCUCAUGUCCAGUAUGACAAUGUCAGACUACGUCUGUCGCCUACCGCUACGUCCGUGGAUCCACUGUAUAUUCCUAAAGCCAACAGGACGUCCAACAUGAGUCCCUUUUCUUCUUCCUAUUCUUUGGCUGGAAACCCGUCUCCUCCCGAGGUGGACCCUGACGAAUACAGUCAGGUCACCGCACCGAGUGCAGUCCCAUCUUAUAACCAUCAGAAGUUAGAGAACAAGUGGAGUCAGCCCGUAUCCAGUGCGUAUGCGGAGGUAUCAGACAGGCCAGAUAAAUCUCUUGACAACUACGAGACUGUGACGGAUUCUUCCAAAGGAUGUAUGCCAGCAGCUAUAUCCGGCAUAGGAUUUAACUGCCGUAUAGGUAAACCUAAAGGACCCCGUGACCCCCCCGCUGAAUGGAGCCGAUGAGCCAUCACUAGACUAUAUAACGUAAAGGCGUUUCAGGCUGUUCGCUCGCGCUGUGUGAUAUUCCACGGACUGGUCACCCUUAUGGACAAACAGCAUGUGAAGUGCCUAAGAAGAUGGACGGGGGUCCUGAGCUGACAUCAAUGGAUUGUCUGUGUGUGUGAUGGUUGUGUGCUGCCAUGUACGGAGCAUGAAAUACAUGUUGGCGGAUGUAUCUGUA